AUUUUGGAGAAAAUUCCAAGUUUUUUUUUAAUUUCCUAUUAUUUUUACAAAAAAUGUGCGUAUUCUGACUAUCACCUGUACUCUAAAUGACGAUGUUAUGAUUUGUUUCCAGUAAUUAAGGUAGACCACUGUAUGUUUAUUUACAUUAAUAUUGAUGAGUGUUUCACAUCAUGUAAAUUCUUUGUUCUAAUGGCGUUCAUCCGAAAAUACCGUUGUUUCCGAGGUACGUGACAACAAAAUAAUAUACUUUUGUUUAGUUAGUCCAGUGGUUAAUCGUCAUAGCCCUUUUGUUUUUUGUUCUAAAGCCAAAUUAAUAUGUACAAUGAUACAUUACAGACCAGGACGUUCGUUCUAACAACAGUUCACUUAACUAGGUGUUAAGAUUUCUCUGUGUUUUCACUUUUAAAUAUUUAUCUUAAGUGUUUGAUAAACCUAUUUUAUCGUUUUUAGAAUUUUAUUUAAGAUAAUUGCUUUAAUUAAAAAUAAUUUCUUUUUUAAAAAUUAUCAACAUAAUUAUAAAACAAUAAUCAUUUUUAAACCUACCUAAUUAAGUAUUAUUCAAUGUGUUUUCUAAAUUGUAUUUUGCAUUAAAAAUAAUAUCAAACAUCAAAUAUUGUUCAUUUUGAACACUUUGUAUACCUACUUGCCAUAGGGCCGGAUUAAGGGGGGGAAAUAGACGGCUACAUCCCCAAAGUCUUCAAAAACCAUAUUAUUAGUUAAAACUAAUAUUUGCAAAAUACGUUUAUUUUAUGUUGUAAUUCAAUUUGAAUUUUAAGUGAAAAUUACAUUUUUAGUUAAACAGUUGGUCAGACAUUUCAAUAUUUGUGUAUAUUUUUUUAUCAGAGUUUUACGAUCUUAAAAUAAUAUUCAGAGGCGCUAGUGGCAGUCUUCUGCAUACCCUGAAAAAGAGGCCUAUGCACACCUAUGCUACCUGCCUAUUUAAAUAAUAUUGUAAUUAAAAAAAAAUUUUAUGUAGGUUUAGCUGGUUGAUGAACAAUGACAAAUGGAAUUUAUUGUACUUUUUACAGUUAUUUACAUUUAUUGACAACUUUAAAAAAAAUAAGUUGUCUCAUAUAUGAGUUCAGUAUUUGACGAUGAAUAUUGAUGAAAUAAUUGGUAACGAUAAAAUGCAUUCUUUCUGUUUACCGGUGGAAACUUGUGUAGUUUGUGGCGAUAGAGCAUCAGGUUAGUAUUUUAAAAUUAAAUUAGGCACCAAAACUAUUAUAGUUAAAAUUAUUACUUUUUUAAUGUUAGAUUUAUUUUUAAUUAUUUACAAUGUUGAAUGGUAAAAAUACAAUCUUUGAACUUAAAUUUACUAAAACAAAUAAUACCUUUUUUUAAAUGUUUUGUACCUAGGUAAAUACUUUAUUGAUUAUAGUUUAAAUUUUAAAUUUCUUAUAAUGGAUUUCAUUUUUAAGUGUUUAUCAAAAUGAAAUCCGAAUUAUGUUGUUAUUCUUAUAGCUAUAUAGUAGGUACUAUAGCCAAUAUUAAUGGUAAUCGGAAUAAACAUAAACACACAAAUAUUAAUUAUAUGAUUAUGGCCCUUUUAUAAUUAUAUUUGAUAAGAUUUUGUACCAAUACUUACAAAAAUAUUAAAAAUUUUAGGACGACAUUACGGUGCAAUCAGCUGUGAAGGUUGCAAAGGAUUUUUCAAACGGUCUAUUCGAAAACAACUCGGUUAUCAAUGUAGGGGUACUAAAAUGUGUGAAGUAACUAAAAACCACCGUAACCGUUGUCAGUAUUGCCGUCUUCAAAAAUGUCUGUCUAUGGGGAUGCGAAGUGAUUGUAAUAAUUUAAAUUAAAUUUGUAUUUUAAACAUUUAAAACUAUAAUAAUGUAUUUGUUGUUAAUUUAAUAAUUUGAACACAAUAAUAAUUUAUAAUAAAAGAAUUAUUUUGUGUAUAAAAUUUCAUUUAUAAAUUUAAGUAUUUUAAUGUAUUUUCUAGGUUAUUAGGCUCAGCUUUAUAUACUUUAAAUCCACAAAAAAGUGAUAAAAAAUGUCUUAAAAGCUUAAUAGUGCACUUAAAAAAACAACAAAAUGGUAGUAAAUUUUUAAAAAUCUCCUCUAAUGGCAUCAACUUAUAAAAUAAAAUUUUCAAACACUGCAAAAAUUAUUAACACAUGUUUUUAAAUAAUAUUGUAAGUGUUGUAUAAAAAAAAAAUUUUAUUUUAGAUAAUUGCAUUUAAUAGUUAGAGAGGUUAGGGGUGGACAUUUUAAACCUCUGUUAUUUUUGCUUUUUUUUGCAGAGCUCUUUUGACAUUUUUAAGCAGUUUUCUGUGGAUUUUAAGUGCAUAAAGUCCUGAGCCCUAAAAAUGUAAUAACUUAUUACAUUUUUUAGAGACUAGCUAGAUAAUUUUAAAUCUAACCUCUAAAAUACGUUAAAUAAUCAAAAUUAUAAUAAAAAUAAAAUCUUAGUAUAAUGAUUUUUUUUUCUUAUUAGCUGUACAACAUGAAAGAAAACCAGUUUCAGAUAGAAUUGAAUCUAUUCAUAUGUCUUCUAGCCCAGACAAUAAUAACACACCAUCAUUUACAUAUGGAAAUAAUUCGUUUAUUAAAACUGAAAUGCCAUUUAUUAAAAAUGAUUUGCAUUACAUUAAAACUGAAAUGCCAUAUAUAGGACAGCGUAACAUAUUUACUGAUCAAACUGGAAUGCAUUUAUUAAAACCUCCAAGUAAAAAUAAACUUGAAAAAUUAAUCAAAAUUUGAUUUCAAAAUUCAUUUUUUGUUUUUUAAUUACUUUAUAUAUUUUUAAUAGGUGAAAAUGAUUCUUCACUCAGAAAUCAGAAUUACAUGGAUUAUUAUAUUGGUGAAGAUGAAGAAUCAUCAACCAGUCUUUCUCCGAAUAAUGAAAAUGAUAUUAAACAAUUCAGUCAUGAUAAUAAAAAUAUUUUGAUACUUGCUUUGGAUUCUAUGGUCAAUAUAACACAAGUAACAUUAAUAUCUAUUUAUUAAUAGUUAGGUUUUUUUUAAACAUUUAACACAAUUGUAACACAAUUAAACCCAAAUAGCAUAGAAAGAGUGUUGAACAAACACAAUUUAUUUAAAACAUACUUUAUUAUAAUGAAUGAUUUGGGGUACAUUUGUAGUAAAAAUAUGUACACUUUUUUUAAAAUAGACAAACCUAUUACUAUCUACUUGGACACCAAAUGACAACUUUUUCUCCAAAAAGUAAUUUAGAAAAUAGAACUUUGUAGUAGGUAUUUCCAUUAUAGCGGAUUUUAGUUGGUCCAAAAUAUUAGUGUAUUAGGUAAAGCAUUCAUUAAUAUCAAAUUAAAAAUAGGAUAACUUAACCUUAAUCAGCUAUUUUUAGUUUUAAAAUUAAGUAUAUAAAUUAAUAAUUUAGUAUUUAUUUUAGGAUCCUCUAGUCAUUUUUAUCAAUUGGCAAAAUGUUACAAUUUUCUUUCUCCAAACUUCCAUAUAUUUUCUGACUUUCCAUACCAUUAUCAGCUUUCCCAAAGGUCUUUUUCUGAUGGUUUCUGUUUCAGGACAAUUCAUAGUAGUUGACUUGAUAUGCCUUUUUUAAUGGUCUCAAAAAUAUUUUAUUUUCCACACAUUACUUCAUGCUUUCUUUUUUUCAGUUAUGUAUUCUUGAUUUAUUCAAGGAUUUUCUUUUAUACAAAUUAAUAAUCUUUUUUUUGAUUUUAAAUAUUUGUAAAAAAAAAUUUCUUUUAAAUUUAAAUUUGUAUUUUUUGAUUUAAAAUCAAUUAUGGUGGAAAUACAGCUACAAAUUACAGGUACUAUUAAUUAUAGAGUCCUUAGUUUUCCUAUUAAAAGUACAUUAGAAACCAAAAUAUAUAUUAAAUUAUACAUAUAAUUACUUUAUUGAUUUAGCAAAAUUCAAAUGGUACAGAUUCGUUGUAUGAAAAUGAAAUGCCUAGUUACAAAGUUUUAGAUAUUAAUGAGGAUGUAAUGCCAGCAGAUAAUGUAAACUUUCCAUUUCAAUCACCUGCUCCAAAAUAUGCUUACUUAAAUCUUCAUUUCAUAUGCGAAAGUGCUUCAAGAUUAUUGUUCUUGUCUAUAAAUUGGGUUCAAAACCUUCCAGUAUUUCAGCUAUUAUCGUAAGAAUUUAUUAUUACUAGAGCCUGGAAUUAUAUGUAUUUAAAAAUUGUCAAAUAUGAUGCAAAUAUGCAUAGAAAAAGUGGCUAAAUAAGCAAUUAUAUGCAUUAUAUUAUACUUAAUAAAAUAUGUUUAAAAAAAAUAAAACACCAUUUUUACACCAAGAAUGGUAAUAAACUUGUAAUAAUUUAUUAUUUAUUAUAUUAUUUAUAAUAACAUAUCUAAAAACCUAACAAUAAACUUUCAAAAUAAUAAAACUAAAAUCACAUGCUUUUUACCUCACAAGAUUUUAAAAUAUACCUAUAUAACACACCACAAGAAUGAAAAACAAAGUCAUAAAAUAAUAACACUAAGACAUAUGUGAUUGUGAGUCAUAGGUCAGAGCUCUGAUUUCAUACACUGUGGCAAACAUAGCAAUGUUUUAAUAAAAUUCCUCUGAGAAACAAUGUCAACUAUUUUUUUCUAUAGUAAAAUUGAUUUAUCAAUCAUAAAUAUUUCUUACAUGCAAAGUUAAAUUUGGUAUUUGAGUUUGGUAUGAUAUGAAUUGUAGUUAUUUCAAAACCACAUUGACAUACACACGCUAUGUAUAAACAAAUGAAAAUGCAUAUAAUUCCAGGCUCUAAUUAUUACUAAUAUAUUAUACACAUUAACAUUAUGUAAAUAAAUACUUUAGGUUUGAAAUACAAUUGAGUUUGUUAAAAAAUUCUUGGUCUCAAUUAUUCAUCUUGGGCUUAACACAAUGUGCUCAAGUAUUAUCAUUGAUUCCAGUUCUUAGUUCAAUGAUUUCUCAUUUACAAAGCGAAGAAAUUAUUAUAUCCACUAAAGCUAAAGAGGUACUUUUAUACAAUUUAAUAGCACCAAGAUUUUACAUUCAGAGUCAGUUUUAGAAAAAUUGAUUUUCAUACUAUAAUAUAAUGCCCUAGUCCUAAAUUAAAAUUAAGUGUUAGAUGAAUUGUGUUUUCAAUAUUUUUAUACAGUAGGUAAAUUGCGUCAUAGUAGUGAGGUGGCCUAAUGUUAUCCAGAAUACACUAUUAGGAAUUAAGCUGUAUAUAUUUUAGAUUCUGAGUGGAUCGAGGAAUGUAUUAGUUUUACAAUGAUGUUUAUUAUUAUUUUUUUAUUUGAACACUUAACCAGAAAACAUACUACGAUUAUCAAUUAUAGCACCUUUUCUGAAAGGAAAUGUUCUCUGGGUGGUACUUAAGAGGUGUCAUUUUUUGAAAUUCUCAUUAAUCUUCGAGAUGAUUCAGUUGAUAGUGAUGUUUUGUCAACAAUAUAUAGUAAAUUUUAUAGUAAAAUAAUUAAAUAGGCUUUAUAUAUUUUCUUCAAUAAUAUUUGUUUUAACAACAUUGUUUUAAUAACAUUGUACUGAUUGAUUUUCCCAGUUUUUCUAUGUUUUCCAGGUUCGUAAAUUUUAUCAAAGUUUUUCGGAUUUUCUGAGGAAACUUUUGGAAAAAUUAAAAAAAAUCACUUCUCUAAAGUAUUUCCCUAUUAAAAUUUCCUUUAGAAACUUUGCUAUUAUUAUAAGUUAGAACUAAAUUGUUGGUAGAAAAGUUGUGCACAGUAAAAAAUAAUUGUAAUAUUAUAGUAAUAUAUUUCGUACAUAUUCCCUUUUAUUUAGGUUUUUCAAAUUUGAUGAGAAAACUCCUGAGAAAAUUAUAAAAUUACCUCUUUAAAGUACCUCCCGACACCAGUUUCCUUUCAGAAAAAGUGCUAUUCUUAAAGAUCUGAGCAAGUCUUCUGGUAGAAAAGUUGGCACAGAUGAAAAAAAAAUCUUUGUAAAACCAUAAGCUCUUUGCUGCCUUCAGAAAUUAAAAUCUAAAAUAUACUUCUCAUAGUGUUUUACUGGGCAAUGUUAAGAAGCCUGCAUAAUAGUGAUAAACUAAAUUACAAGUCAUAUUAGUGACCAGUAGCGUAGUCCUGGUAUCAAUAGGCAGUCUUGUACAGAAUAUUUUUAUUUUGUAUUCAAAUAAAUGGUUUAAAAGAUAUUCAGAAUAAGUAUUUGAAUAAUUUUCAAAAAAUAUAAUUAGAAUACAUUCUUGAAUAUUCAAAAAAUUAUUUGAAUACUUUGAGAAUAUCAUUUUUUAUCAUUUUUUUUGCUCAAAAUACAAUUUAUUUAUGUAUUUUUUUUACAUUCUAAAGCCAUAGAUACAUUAAUUUAUUAUUACUUUUCUUUAUUAUAUUUUUAAUUAUAUACUGAUAAACAUGAAAAACAUUUACAUUUUGUUACGUUUAAUCAUCAUUACUUUUUCAAAAUUUGUAUUAGUUAUUUUCCUGGUUUCUUGGUGAUAACUACACUCCCCCCUUUAAAAUCAUUCAAUUUUAUUUUAAGAAAAAUUUUAGGGAAGAGGCUGAACAACCCCCCCCCCCCGGCUGCGGCCUUGUGGGUGUUAUUUUAUUGAAAAUAACUACUUGAAAUAACUUGUUCAAAAUUGGCUGAAGACUGGUUUGUGAGAACUAAGUUUACUCAGCUUUUGGUUUGUCUGGUUUUUGAAUAAGUAUAAUUCUUAAAAGUUUCCAAACUAGUUGAUAGUACAAAAGUAGAAAAUGUAAGUGAUUAGAUCAAGUUAAUUUUUUGGUAAUUUCUGUAGUAUUUUGUUUGAUAUUAGAUCAUAAUUUGGCGAUUUGCCUUCUUUUAGUUUUUUUUUUUUUUUAUUAUUAAGAAUUGUAUUCAUUUGAUGAUGUUGGUUUUGUAGAAAGUGAAAUAUAGUAAGGGAACUGUCGAGAUAAUGAGGAAUUGUGUUUUAGGUUUUAGGGUUAGGUGUAAUAUUGGGAUUCAGUGUAAAUACAUUGAAUAUUCUCUAAAAGAUUUGCUUUGUUUUAGUAAAAAAGCCAGAUUCUAUUGGGGCUAUUAAGAAGUGGGAGUUGUUCUUUUAUAUUUAAUUAGAUUUUGUUGUUUUCCAUAGUGAACCUUUUUUGCAUUAAGAGAUUGUUAUUUUUUAUCAAAGCAAUCAGAUUUAAAUUUGUUAAUAAUAUUUGAGAUUCAAUUAAAUGUUUGUUUGUCUGAAUGGUAAAAUCAUAACUUUAGAAUUAAAAUUAUUUUUACUUGUAUUGAUAACAUUUAUGUUUAGCUAAUUAAUUACCUGAAUAUAAUACAAGAUUAUAUAAUUGAAAUGGAAAAUAUUAAAGUGAACCAAUUUGAAUAUGCAUACUUAAAACUAAUAUCGUUAUUUAACACUGGUAAGAUUUAUAUGAGAACAAAUUAAUUUUCAAAAAAAGAACUUUCAAUAAUUUUUUAUUUAUUUUUGACAAUAGAUAAUCCUUCAGAAAGACAACAGCUUUACAAACUUCAAGACAAAGCUAUAAAAGAAUUAAAACAUCAUUUAAUUAAAGAAUGUACAGAUGAACAUCGUAUAGUUAUAUUAUUGUUAAGACUUCCAACUUUACGAUCAUUACAGCCAAAUAUUAUAGAAGAAAUCUUUUUCUCUAGUCUUUUGGGUAGUUUUCAAAUUGAUACUAUUAUACCACAAAUUUUAAAAUUGAAAGGUACAGAUAUAAAUGUAUAAAUUACUAUAUUAUUUUUGUUAUAUCCUUUUGCAUUAAAAUAUAUGUAGUCUACCUACAGUAUAAUUUAAAUCUCCGAAAAUAAGAUAAUUAUAAUCAGUUAAUUUUUUUUUAAAUUACAAAAACAACCAAUACAAAAUAAAUUAGUUAUACAUUUUACAAGUUAAUAAAAUAUUUUUUAUGUUUACUAAAAAUACAAAAAUAAAAAUUUAUUUUCAUAAUAUAUAGUAAAUUUUAUUAUUAUUAUUAUUAUUAUUGUAUUAUUUUGUUUGAACUACAAAACUGUGUUAACAAUUUCAAAUUUUUUUUUUUAUUAUGACAAUUUAUUAUUUAUACUAAGUUAAGUUUUAUAGAGCAAUUAGUUGGUUUUAUAAAAUUAUAAUGUAUAAUUUUUAGUUUAAUAUGUAUGUGGUUAAAACCCUCAAGAUAUAUUUUUGAUAAUAACAUUUAUAUUUAUAAAGAUCUUAGAGUUAAAAUUUUAUAUUAUGUUGAUGAAAUAAUAAUAAUAGUUACUAAAUUUUACUUUGUUAAAUUUACAAUUUACAAUGUUAAAAGAUAUAUAUAUAUAUAUAUUUUUGAAUUUAGGUCAUUUUAGACCAAAAUAUAAUAUUAAUGUAACAAUGAUGACAAUACUAUUUGAAAGUAUAACAGAAAUAAAUGUAUGUGGCUCUCAAGGAAACCAUUUAAACCUUGAUACAAACAUUUAAUUAAAAAGAUACUUUAAUUUUAAUAAGAAUUUACCAUAUUAGUAAUAACAUAUAUUUUAUAAAGUCUUCCAAAAUUUCAAAUGUUUCUGUAUAUUUAUUUAUUUACUUAAAUUUUCCAUUCUGGAUUCAUUGAACUAACCAACUAAUGUCUUUGCAAUAAAGUUUAAAGCAUAAAGCAUAAAACUGAAUUAAUGUUAAUAGAAAUUUAUUUAUCCAUAUUUGAUUGAUUUAUAUGAUACAAAAGUUAAUCCCAAAAUGGGUUUUAAAUUUCAAAGUAAUUAUUUGAUUAAAUAAUUAUUUAACUACAGACAAUUUAGUUACACUUUCUUAUACUAAAAUAUACUAACUAUUGAAAUGCAUGUUAUAUUUAUGUGAAAAAAAUAUUAUUUAAAAUAUUUAAAACUAAUAAAUAAGAGUAUACAAUAUCCAUAUUAUUAUUACUAAUUUUUUUUAUUAUUUUGUUUACAUGUAAUUAGUUCUUCCAUUAGAAUGUAUAGAAUAUUAAUAUGUUAAUUAAAUUUAAAUAUUAUUUUAUAUUUAGGUACCUACAUUUGUUAGUAUUAUUCACAAAUUUUUUUAUGAUAAUUUUUCAGUUAUAUAUAAAUAUAUAUUAUAUUUUUAAUAUGAAAAAAAGUAAUGGUUACAGUAUUGAUAAUAAUUUAUUAUUUAAAAGUCAAACAGAAAUUUUUUUUGUUGUACAACUUACUCAUAUAAUAACAAGUAAUUUGUUUUAAUAAUACUUAACUUAUCUAAUACAUUUAAAUAUAUAAAAAUAAUUAUAAUAAACAUAAUUUUGUUUUUAAAUGAGAGGUCUGAAGGUUUUUAAUAUAAAUAUUAAUUAUACUUAUGUAUUUGUAUGAUCUUGUUAUAUUUUUGGGAUACUAUUUUUUUUCAAUUGUACUUAAUAAUUUUAGACUAAUUUAGUGUAUUCUUAUAAUUCAAUUUGUAUAAACAACAACCACUAAUGUAAUUAACCAUUUGUAUUGAUUUAAAAUUUAAAUUUAUAAUACCAAUUAAUUAUUCAAUAAUGUAAUAAAACUAUUACAACAGUUUGAAAAUAAUAAUUAUUUUUAUAAGUUAUUUGUGUAAUACAAUAAAAAAAUGUACGAUUUUUUUGAAAUUUCUUCAGGGUUAGCAAUUGAGACAAUAAAUAAUUAAUAAGUAAUAUUUAUUAGAUUUUGUUAUAUAUAAUUAGUACCUAAUAUAUUAUAUUAUAAAUUAUAAAAUAGUUUUUUUUUUUUUAGUUUUUAAUGUAUUUAAUUAUUUUGACUAAAAUUAUUUAUCUUUUAAUUAUUUAGAGCAUAAAAAUACAUUAAUUGUAUAAAUAACUUGACAAUAAAUUGCUGUAUUUUUAAAUAGGUUAAAAAUAAACUUAGUAAUAUCUUUGGUGUAUUGUGCACUGAGAAUUUUGGUUUAAACAUCAUUUAAUUAUUGUAUUCAUUAUAUAUCAUUGAAUAAUUAUGGUAUAUUAUGAUGCACAAUCAAUAUCAGUGAUAUUAAAUAAAUAUUUUAAAACAAAAUGUUAACCAAUUAUUUUAUUAUAAUGUUUUUGUAUGUAUUUAUUCAUAGUUACGGACUACUGUACAGAAAGAGUUUACAAUAACACUAUAUGUUAAUAUUUUUUUUUAGAAUUUUACUUAUUUUAUUUCUACACAACAAAUGUGAUAUCUUAUAUGUAUAUGUCCAUUUGAAAAUUUGUAAUUGUAGUAUAUAUGUUUUUGAUUUUAUUCUAAACAUGGUUUAGUUUCAGAGACAAAUGUUAUUUUUUUCUGCAGAGAAUAUAUUAUUAUAAAAAAUUACUUUUUUAAACAUAUACUAGGAACCUAUACUAAUAAUUAAUUUUCAUAAAUUUUAAACUAAUUUAGCUUGUAAUUAAGGGGUAUAUAUUAAUUUGUAUAAAUAUAUAUUUUUGUUUAGCUUUUAGUUAGAUGCCAAAAAAAUCCACAUUUAAAAUUUUUAAUUCAUUAGGAAAUGGAUAUGGGAUUAUUUUAUAAAAAAAAUUAUAGGUACAAUAAGAAAAAAAAAAUGUAUGAUUCUGAUUUUUAAUAUUAUUAUUAUUAUUGUUAUUAAACCUUUUGUUAAAUUUUAUUUUAUUAUUAUUUUUAAUGAACUUUAUUGUUUUGAAUCGUUACCAUUGGGUUUUAUUUAUACUUAGCAAAAUUAUUCAAUUAAUGUUAUAUUAACCUGAAAUUUGCCUUUUUAUUAUAUACCUAUGUAGAUUGUAGUUAUAUUGCUUACUUAAAUUUAAAGUCAUAUGUAUACUGAUG